AUGGCAAGCAGGGUACAACAAGGCGGUCGGCCAGGCGGCGCUCGCUUUGCGCAGUUCAAGCUGGUGUUGCUGGGGGAGUCCGCGGUUGGAAAGAGUUCACUCGUUCUGCGAUUCGUGAAGGACCAAUUCGACGACUACAGAGAAUCCACCAUCGGCGCCGCCUUCCUCACACAAACUAUCGCCCUCGACGAGCAAACAACGGUCAAGUUCGAGAUAUGGGAUACCGCAGGCCAAGAGCGAUACAAAUCACUGGCCCCCAUGUACUACCGGAACGCGAACUGCGCAGUCGUUGUCUACGAUAUCACACAAGCUAGCUCAUUAGAUAAGGCAAAGUCGUGGGUGAAAGAGCUCCAACGCCAAGCCAACGAGAACAUCGUCAUCGCGCUCGCAGGCAACAAGGCUGAUCUUGUCGCCGAGCAACCCGACAAGCGCGCCGUACCCACCGCAGACGCCGAAGCCUACGCACGGGAAUCUGGCCUGCUGUUCUUCGAGACCAGUGCGAAGACGGCGGAGAACGUGAAGGAGCUGUUCACAGCGAUUGCGAAGAAGCUGCCGAUCGAGCAAGCCAGCCAGAGGGGGAUGCGAGGACCGGCUGGGCGGGCGGCGGGUGUCGAUCUGGGUACGAGGCAGGAGUCUGGGAAUACUGCUGGUGGAGCUGGAGGCUGCAAUUGUUAG